GAAAGGGAUGAAGAGACCACAGAAUGCCUACGUGUCACUCUCUAGGAACUCGGUUUUAGUUCCGGUAACCGGCUCACCUGGCCCCAACUUCCAACUUCUAAUACUUGGGAACAUAGAGAAGAAUUUGCGGCCACACUCAAAAUGGCGGAAACUUGGAGCCGGGGACGCAAGCGACGCAAGCGGAGGCGGAAGUACGUGUGCUGGCCACACGUGCCUCUCCCAGAGUGGUGAAAAAGGCGCUGGUUACGGGUGUUUGCAGAGGCAGGUAGGGAACGGAAAGCGGAGUUUAGUGGUCCGGAAGAGACGUUCCAGUCUUUACUCUGUCCCCAGAGUGAGUGACACUCCCCCCGUUUCACCAUGGGCAAGAAGGGCAAAGUCGGGAAGAGCCGGCGGGACAAGUUCUAUCACCUGGCGAAGGAGACCGGUUACCGCUCCCGCUCUGCUUUCAAGCUGAUCCAGUUGAAUCGCCGCUUUCAGUUCCUGCAGAAAGCGCGAGCCUUGCUGGACCUGUGUGCUGCGCCAGGGGGAUGGCUGCAGGUGGCUGCUAAGUUUAUGCCUGUAUCCAGCCUUAUUCUAGGAGUGGACCUGGUUCCAAUCAAGCCUCUUCCCAAUGUGGUGACGCUCCAGGAGGACAUCACAACAGAACGCUGUAGGCAGGCCCUGAGAAAGGAACUGAAGACCUGGAAAGUUGAUGUUGUGCUCAAUGAUGGGGCCCCCAACGUUGGGGCUAGCUGGGUCCAUGAUGCUUACUCACAAGCCCAUUUGACACUGAUGGCUCUGCGUUUGGCUUGUGAUUUUCUGGCCCGUGGAGGCUGUUUCAUCACGAAGGUUUUUCGUUCCCGAGACUAUCAGCCCCUACUCUGGAUCUUCCAGCAGCUCUUCCGCCGUGUCCAGGCUACUAAGCCCCAAGCCUCUCGCCAUGAAUCCGCGGAGAUCUUUGUUGUCUGCCAGGGAUUUCUGGCUCCUGACAAGGUUGACAGUAAAUUCUUUGACCCCAAGUUUGCCUUCAAGGAGAUCGAAGUUCAGGCCAAGACUGUUACUGAAUUGGUAACCAGGAAGAAGCCAAAGGCCGAAGGCUAUGCUGAGGGUGACCUCACGCUCUAUCACCGUACUUCAGUCACUGACUUUCUCCGAGCUGCCAACCCUGUUGACUUCCUCUCCAAAGCCAGUGAAAUUUCACUAGAUGAUGAAGAGUUGGCACAGCAUCCAGCUACCACUGAGGACAUCCGGGCGUGCUGUCAGGAUAUCAAAGUGCUGGGGCGCAAAGAACUUAGGUCCCUCCUGAACUGGAGAACAAAGCUCCGGCGAUACGUGGCCAAGAAGCUGAAAGAACAAGCGAAGGCACUGGACAUCAGCCUCAGUUCCGGAGAGGAAGACGACGAAGCAGGUGAGGAGUCUGAGGCUGGGACGGGGCAGCAGCCCUCUGAGGAAGAAGAGGAGGAACGAUUAAACCAGAGCCUGGCAGAGAUGAAGGCCCAGGAGGUGGCAGAAUUAAAGAGGAAGAAAAAGAAGCUGCUGCGUGAGCAGAGAAAACAGCGGGAGCGUGUGGAGCUGAAGAUGGAUCUUCCUGGGGUUUCUAUUGCAGACGAGGGGGAGACUGGCAUGUUCUCCCUGCGCACCAUCCGGGGUCACCAGUUGUUAGAGGAGGUCACACAAGGGGAUAUGAGCGCUGCAGACACAUUUCUGUCUGAUCCGCCAAGAGACGACCUCUACGUAUCAGAUGUUGAGGAAGAUGAUGACGACGCAUCUCUAGAGAGUGACCUGGAUCCGGAGGAGCUGGCAGGGGUUGGAGGGUCUCCGGGUCUGAAGGACCAGAAGCGUGUACAAUUUGCUGAAGUAGAUGAUGAUGAAAGAGGAGGAGGAGAAGGGAAUCCACUGCUGGUACCUUUGGAGGAAAAGACGAUACUGCAGGAAGAACAAGCCCGUCUGUGGUUCUCUAAGGAUGGCUUCAGAGGGAUUGAGGAGGAUGCUGAUGAGGCCCUGGAGCUCAGUCAGGCCCAGCUGUUGUAUGAGAGGCAUCGGAGGGGGCAACAGCAGCUGCCGUCCCCACCUUCUGGUUUGGAGAGUGAGAAAAAAGCUCCCCAGCACCAGGAGGCGGGCCCUAAGCGGCCAGAGGCUCCAGCAGAGGCCAAGAGUGCCUCUGGGCCUGACGAGGAAGGCGAGGACAGCUCGGACAGCGACAGCAGCGGCAGCGAAGAGAGUUGGGAACCAAAGCGCGGGAAGAAGCGAAGUCGUGGGCUUAAGUCUGAUGACGGGUUUGAGGUCGUGCCCAUCGAGGACCCAGUGAAACAUCAGAUACUAGAUCCUGAAGGCCUUGCCCUAGGUGCUAUCAUUGCCUCUUCCAAAAAGGCUAAGAGAGAUCUCAUAGAUAACUCCUUCAGCCGGUAUACAUUUAAUGAGGAGGAGGGGGAGCUUCCAGAGUGGUUCGUGCAAGAGGAACGGCAGCACAGGAUCCGGCAGCUGCCUGUUGACAAGAAGGAGGUGGAACGCCACCGCCAACGUUGGCGGGAAAUCAAUGCACGUCCCAUCAAGAAAGUAGCCGAGGCGAAGGCCAGAAAGAAACGGAGGAUGCUGAAGAAGCUGGAGCAAACCAAGAAGAAGGCAGAGGCUGUGGUGAACACCGUGGACAUCUCAGAACGUGAGAAAGUGGCUCAGCUUCGGAGUCUCUACAAGAAGGCUGGGCUGGGCAGGGAGAAACGCCAGGUCACCUAUGUGGUAGCCAAAAAAGGUGUGGGCCGCAAAGUGCGCCGGCCAGCUGGAGUCAGAGGCCCUUUCAAGGUGGUGGACUCAAGGAUGAAGAAGGACCAAAGGGCACAGCAAAGGAAAGAGCAGAAGAAAAAACACAGACGGAAGUGAGCAGAGCCCCCCGGGUCCUCUGAGAAGACAGGGUGAGGACAGGGGGGUGAUUCCAGACCCCCCUGCCCCCCCGUACCAGCUGCAGGCUGGCUUGCCUUGUAGUCUGCUGGAAAGACAUGUGGGGUGCCUACAACUCUCAUGGUGGUCCUGAGUGUGGAGGGAAGACACUCUCUGGCCUGAAGGAAGGUCUCUGACAUGUCCUGUUGGUGCUGUAGCAGAGCCCCUAGCUCCUCUGUUAGGAAUGUGGAGUACUAGAUGAACAGUCUCCUAGGGGGAAGGUCAGUGUUAAGAGUGGCAUUCACUCUGGUUCUAGGCAAGCUGGCCUCUCAGGUCUUCCCCAUCCUCUUCUAUUAUCUGAAUAAAACCAGGGUAAUCUCUUCUGACAUUUAGUUCCCAUUAAGCGCUAACUCAAACAUGUGGGUGUUCACACCACGUGCUGCAUGGUUAUAAAUCAUAGUAUGUACUCACUGUGAAGUAGAAAUGACAAACAAUCCACAGGUCCCAGUAGUAAAACAUUUACUAGAGCAAGCAGAAAGGAAUGCACAUCUUAAAGAAACCUUCACAAAGUCACAAAAUUCGAAGUAUGUAUAUUUCCUUUUAUAAACAAGAUAGAACAAAAAUCAUCAAAAUCAUUUCAGCAAAAGAUUUUCUACCAUUGUGGCAAGUUAAAAAAAAAAAUACAAUGAAAUAGAAGACACUUUAAAA